AGAUGAUCCCAACUGCGAGCUACGUUUUCGCAUCAUUCCGACUGCAACUUUCAUGUGGAGAACGCGCACAACGAUACACGGAUAAGAUGAUCGAAGAUCGCCUGUGAAUCAAUUGUUUGUGGGAAGGAUGUGAUGGAUGGCAUCUGCGAUCGAGUUUACUUGCCCUCUCUGCAGGAUGGCGCCGAUCUGAAGGAGUAUCUGAAUGGAUACAUCCAACGCGAAUUCCCCGAUGGUAGAAAUGCCGUAUACAGCGUGCCAAAGAGGUUCCGUCGUUUCGGCGAAGAACAGGCGAGCCUCGCCGAAGAGAUCACCUUCAAGAGACUGCACGGCCUCAACGAACUCGACGACCUCUGGUUGCUCUUCGUCCACAACGUCUCAUACGGCGGUAGAUCCAGCAAGACCAUCGGCAAGCUGAAAAUUAGGGAGCACGAUUUCGUCCUCUUCAUCAGAAGCUCAGGCAAAUUCCAUGUGGCUCUGAUCGAGGUCAAGUCCACGCAUGACAGCAACACGCAGAUCCCCGAUUUGUCCAUCAUCAGCUACGCUAAGGUCAUCAAGAACAACAAGAGAUCGGCGAUGCACCAGCUGCAAGGUCACUGCGAGAUCUUGGAGUCGCUGAUGACUGAGUCCGUGCAGAGCAUUCAACAGUACAUCUUUUGGCCGUUCCUCGGUGCUUUGACCACCGACCCAAAGCACACGGUUAUCGAGCGUUGGAAGGAGGAUAGAAAUCUGCACGUCUUCGAGAACGUUCUCACCAAACAACACCUCUUCAACGAAUGGUUCCUUAGCAACGUCCUAAAUGGAGCUUCGUUGCAAGAAGACAACUUUUUAAAAUUAAUGAACAGGUAUUUAGUGUUAAGUUGCGGCUUCUUCGUGAACGAAAUCCGCGACGGGCUUUUGGCACUCCUCACGCAAGAGCAACUGCAAUUGUUAGAUUCGGAACUGUGCCAAAAAACGGGAAAACCUCUGGUGGUGCACGGAGCCGCGGGAACAGGAAAAACUUGGCUCAUCUUGAGGAAGCUGCAGAUGCUUCAUCAAACCGGAAAACUGAAUAAACAGAAUAGGGCCUUGUACAUUUGCUAUUGGCCUGGAAUCAAAUGCGAAGUUGAGCAGAAGCUGAAGACUUUCGGUUUAGGCGAAUUCGUUGAUACUGCGCGUUUCUACAUCUCUCAAACUGGUUUUCUUCUGAGGAACAAUAAACCGUACAAGCACAUCUUCAUCGAUGAAGCGGAGGUCACCUGUUUGGUCUUCGAGAAGAUCAUCAUGGAGAGUAUGUACACCGUUAUUUACGAGAGGUACCACGAUGGGAACUGCGAUUGCCGAUAUAAAAAUAUCGGUGACGAAGAUAUUCUGAAGAAGCACGAUUCGAAGGAUUGGGGCGAACUUUGGUUCUUGGUGGAUAUAAACCAGGCGUCUCUUUUCCUCCCCAAACACUCUCCCAACAUCCUGAAGACGCCGCACAUAGUCCUCUCCAAGGUGAUGAGAACCACUGGUAACAUCUUCGACGUCUUCAAGCAGUUCUACACGUUACCGAUGCCCUCACUUCAUUCCUCCAUAUUAUCUCAAGUGAGCAUCCCCGACAUUCGCUUGGGUCACCACGUGCUGGGUCCUCCCAUCUAUUGGAUAGAUUCCGCAGAGUCCGCUGAACCUUUGAUCAAAGUUAUUAUUGAUAUGUGCUCAAGCAAAGGGUUCAAACCGAACGACGUCUGCGUCUUACCGUUCCUCACCAACGACAAGUACACCCCGGAGAAGAUAAACGAUGGCAUCGACAAGUACUUCGUGCAGAACGGCUACAGACCGAAGUGCGUUUACGACGUGGAGACUUUCGUCUGCGAUCGCGAAGCGAAUCAGAUACUGGUCUGCUGGGGUCUGCGCGUGAAGGGUCUAGAGUUCAAAGUGGUCAUCAUCGCCAUGGACGAUGACGAUUUCGAUGUUAAAGACAGCGAAGACCGCAAGAAGUUUUAUAUCAUGGCCUCGAGGUGCACCUGCCUGCUGGUCCUCAUCUCGCCGCAACUCUACGUGGAGCAGCUCGGACUCCAACACUCAGUAUGCGAUUACCCCUUCGGAAUCGACUUCUAAAAGUUUCAUUGUGAUAUCCAAUUUGUAUAGUGAGAUUAGUACAUUAAGAACAAAACAUAUUAUAUUGAAAUCUUUAACAUAACUCUUGAUACAUCAAUAAAA